AGGGGUGCAUUUAGUGAAGUUUAUCAAUGCCAACAUCCUCAAGACAAUACAAACUAUGCUGCUAAAAUAAUCAACGCGAAAUUUGCAUCUCAACAAGAUAUACAAAAUAUCCAUCGGGAAGUAAGGAUAUGUCGAAAGUUGAAUCAUGCCAAUAUUGUUCGCUUCUACGAACUAACCCAAGGCGAUAACAGCUAUUGCAUGAUAUUUGAACUAGUUACAAAUGGUGAACUGUUCCAACAUAUUUCUAAGCGAAAAAUAUAUACCGAGAGUGAUGCUAGCAUUUACUUUAGACAAAUUCUGAAAGCCGUCAAUCAUUGCCAUCAAAAUAACAUUAUCCACCGGGAUAUUAAACCAAAGAAUUUGAUGAUUUCCUGUAGUAAUGGUGAAGAAACUGUGAAAUUAAUUGAUUUUGGGCUUGCUAUUGAAGUUCAUCCAGAAAUACAAGAAUGGCAUGGUUUUGCUGGUACGCUUAAAUAUCUAUCACCAGAGAUGAUCCAAAAUCAACCUUAUGGAAAACCAAUCGAUUUAUGGGGAUGCGGAGCUGUCCUGUAUGCCUUAUUGGUGGGUUAUCCACCUUACUGGGAUGAUGAUAUAGAAGUAUUAUUUGAGGAUAUUAUAAGGGGUUCAAUCAGUUAUCGAUAUCACGGAUGGGCUUCAAUUUCCAUUGAAGCAAAGGAACUUGUCAAAAAGCUGUUAACCGUCAAUAUGAGAACUAGGCUGACAGCAAUGCAAGCGCUACAGCAUCCAUUUAUUUCCGAUUGGCAAAAGGUUUGCUCAAAAGAUCAUCAGCAAUAUACCGUUAAUGGCUUAGCUAAUUUUGAAUCAAGAUCACGUUUACAGGUUAGCAACUUGACUAUUCUGCGUCUUAGAACAACUUUAAUACUUUAUUAG